UGCUCGCUGUGUGCGGCACUGCACUGACGACAGCACUGCUAACCCGUGUACCUAAUACUGCCGUAGGUGGUAAUGUCGUCACUGGCCGGCGUGCUUCGGGUGUCGGGGCGCCGUUCCAUACUUGUGUCCGCGAGAAGAGGUCAGCCACUUGUAAGACCUGCUGCUGCUGCAGGGGCACAACAGGCAGCAGCGGCAACGAGCGCAGCAGCGCCGUUCAACACCAGCGGGAACCUCGACGCCUCGUACACCACUACCUCCUGCUCACCAUUAAGUCGAAUCGGAGCCCGCGGCGCUACCCGGGCGGCAUCCUCAUCGCUAUUCCCGUUCCGGAGACGGCAAGCCUGCGGCCUGCGAUGGGUGCAAUCGACCACAGCAGCACAUCAGCACCACCUCCCUCAUUGGGCAACCGCGGAAACCUUCUCCGCCGGCAGCAGCAGCAGCAAGCGCGGCAUGAUGAGCAAGGCUAGCCGGAAAGGCGACGACUCGAAAGGCGAGCAGCAGCAGCAGCAAAAGCAGCAAGGAGAGGAGCAGCAGUACGAGGACGCCGACUACGAGCCGGAACCCGAGGAGAAGAUAUCGAUCGUCAAGACCGUGGCCGGCGUUUGCGUCCUCGGCCUGGUCGUUGCGGCCCUCAGCGCCACGAUCACGGAGCUCUGGCCCAGCCACAUGGCGCCCCAGUCCAUCAUGUCGCACGCCCACGACGUGUUUCAAGCCGACCCUGAUACCGCGAACCACUUCGGGACGCCUUUGAAGGGGUACGGGCGGGACAACAACCGGCACCGAGAAGGGCGGAGGAACUUCGUGGAGCACGUGGACCACGAGGACCCCAUCGACAAGAGCAAGAGAACCAGGGUCCGCUUCAACGUCGAGGGCCCGCACGGCCACGGCAUGGCGUACGCCGAGGUGUCAAACAAGAUGGAGUCGGGGGAAUGGGUGUACCUGUGCGUGCAGGACCUCCAAACGGGCCACGUUAUCACGCUCCACGACAACCGAGCCCUGCUCAUGGCGCAGGCCCAGGCGGGUUCGGACGAGGAGAAGAACGCCUUCCGGAAAAUGCUCGGGCAGUAAUGAAAGGAGGCGUGUUUUUGUCGGGGGAAGGGUGUUUGACUUAUCCGGGCGGGGGCAUUCUUGUUUUCUUUGAAAUCGGCAGCCGUCUCGAUCGACUGUGUUCGCGCAUUCAUUUCUUGUGCUCUGCGUCCGUGGUGAUGUUUUCGACGUACGUAAGCAGUGGGCUGUUCGGGGGCAAUGUCCUUGUUUUGUUCUCUUUUCACGCGGAGAUGCCCGGGCGGCUUCGGUGUUGUCCCCCCGCUUGAUGAGUUAUUUCUGCUUGCUAAAUAGGCACACCUCCCACGUGCCGAUGCGUGAAGGAAGAGUCGUCAUCAUAAAGGAGGGAGUUCCACGAGAAUUUGGGUACACUACAGCAGAGCGCAUCCGUCCGCAAUGUUUGCAUGUGUCUUCGAGGUCAUAUGCUAUGACCAAGAGUUGAGCAGGUCGGGGCACGGGGGCACCUUUUUUGGAAUGAGCCUGAAUCGUGAGAGCGUUGCUUCAAGCUGACUACGCACUAGUGUUGCUCCGCGUGGUCGGUGAUGAGCUCCCAUCACGAACAUUUGCUUCCUUUUUUUGCGUCCCGCUCUCGCUCGCCGUCCCAGGCACUUGUCUGUUGCGUAGCAUCAAAGACGGUUGGAAAUUGUCACGCGCCUAUAUGAAGAAAGUCUUCUGGCGCUUGAGUAUUUUUUCGUGUGGGUCGGGGUGUGUCGUACUCCAGAAAAAUCUUGGCAGCUGUUUUCUAUUCUGUUGCCCUUCUCGUUUGCAGAAAUUUUGUGUAGGUCGUCCCAAUGUACCAGUUAAUAGUAACGUAUGUUGGAUUCC